AUCAUAAAACAUGUCCAAUACUAUUAAUAAAGAGUCUUCCAAUGAAUUUGAUUCCAAAUAUGGUAUUUUGGAUUUAAAUACGCCUCCGCAUGCUCUGAUGUGUGGCCUCUAUAAACAAAGUUUCGCGUACUACACUUUGCGCUCCCGCUUGCCAAUAACUCUUACGAGCAUAAUCGACGGUAUAACUAAAGACAAAGAUGAUUUGGUGUCAGAGUUUGGUGAGGAGUCAAGGAAGGAAAUGAAACAUAUUAUUGGGCAAAUAUCUAAAUUGAAAUAUCAACUACAAACUGACAAGACGCUGGAACAAUUCGAUGGAAAAGAGCACGACAAAGAAGACUGGAAUCAGUUUAUAGAAAAUUUAGGCGAUGGAAAAAACAGCUUUUUCAAAACGUGUUGGCUCUACGCUGAAUGCUAUAUGUAUCGCCGGUUGUCUUCUUUUUUCGAAAACUCUCUAUCGUUAAGCAAAUUUGACUAUUUUGCAAACCAAAAGAGGAAUGCCCUUGUUAAAUCUGUUGAAUGCAUCGAAGAAAUAUUGAAUGUUGUUCAAGGAAUUGACUGUACUAGCGAUUCUUUUAAGUUAAUGCUAAAGCUUAAUUUGUGGGGAAAUCGCUGCGACUUGUCCAUAACGUCCGGUAAAGAGGUUCAACUUGAAGGCAACCCCUUUGAUUUAGUGCGCAGCUUUGACCAUAAAAUUAUCAUUGAUGAUUCGAGCUUUGUUAUUGAGUGCCUAAAGUCUGAAAAUCCAAAUAAACCUGCUAUAGUGGAAUUCAUUUGUGAUAAUGCCGGUUACGAGCUUUUUACGGAUUUCGUACUUGCCGACUAUUUAAUCAAAUCUGAAAUGGCUGAUAAAGUUCGUUUUAAUUUAAAAGCCAUUCCAUGGUUUAUUUCUGACGCCACAAUUAACGAUUUCAAUUGGACUCUACAAUUUCUACAAAACCACAGUGUACCUAUUCUAAAAGAAUAUGGUAUGAGAUGGCAAAGAUUCAUUAAUGAAAGUAAAUUUGAAAUAGCACCAUUAGAUUAUUUUUGGACAAGUCCAUAUGAAUACUAUCGAAUGCACGAUGUCAAUCCAAAUUUAUACGCCAGACUUUCAGAGGCCAAUCUUAUUAUUUUCAAAGGAGAUCUCAACUACCGGAAGCUAAUAGGAGAUUUCUCUUGGGACUUCACCGAGUCAUUUGUAACAUGUCUUAGAGGUUUCAUGCCAACUAAUCUUGCUAGCUUACGAACUGUUAAAGCAGAUUUGAUUUGUGGCCUUUUGAAAGGGCAAGCAGAAAAUAUGUUCAAAACUAAUAAGAAUUGGAUGACAACUGGCGAGUAUGGUACCAUACAAUUUCUUGCAAAGUCGACUAUUCCUACAGAAAGUAGUCAUUAACUUACAAUAUGUAUGAUCGGAAAUAAUAUCAAUAACUACCAAAAGUAUAGUUUUAAACUACGAGGCUAAUUUAAUAUCUCACAAAUUUUUAUGCCCUCGGCAUUUCUAGUCUGUUGAAGUAUGUUUUACAUCAAAAACGAAUGAGAUAUGAACGUAAAUCUUAAAAUUGGUUCACUUCAUCUGAAAAAUUUUUGUCGAAUUUAAUAAAAUGCUUAU